GGCAAUAGUACGAUGUUUACAACAGUUUUACUUGUUUUUUUUUUCGUUAUGUAAGAAUGAAACCUAAAAUUAAAAUAAAAAAUAUUUUUCUAAAAAUAAUUCGGCAUGAGUAUGUAGCAGCGGUCAAGACCGGUCACUAUCAUAUCGAGAGAACUGUACAGCAAAUAUUGUACAGCCACCUACGAUAGUCACAGGUUCGAUGGUUACUCAAAUUUCGAAUCGUGAAGACUUAACUCGAUAAGUAUUUUUUCAAUUAAUUUCUUCCUACUUAUUAAUUAAACUACGAACUGUAAUUCUUAUUGUGAUUAUUCUGUGAACUGAAUUAUUAUGUGAUUGGAAAUAAAACAAGAAAGUGAAGAAUGGAACCUAUGAAACUUGAUGACAAAAAAAAUAAACCAAAUAAAAAUUUUCUUUUGGCAACUGUUAUUUCAUGCAACUUGGGUUCCUUCGCGUCCGGAAUCCUUUUGACAUGGACUUCCCCUGUAUUACCCAAACUCAAUAACGCGACCAACGUCGAUUCAAAUCCGUUGGGAGAACCAAUAAAUCUUAUUCAGGAAUCAUGGAUUGGUUCCUGUUUGGCACUAGGUGCCAUUUUUGGUCCCCUCUUGGCAGGAUUCACAGCUGACAGGAUUGGCAGGAAGAACACACUCGUUUAUUGCGCUGGACUUCCAUUCCUAAUAUCCCUCCUAAUCCUGGCCUUUGCCAAAACUCCUUUUCUAUACUACGUAGCACGGUUCCUGGGCGGUUUUGGGAUUGGUAACUUAUACACAGCUCUCCCAAUGUACUUCGGCGAAAUAUCCGAAGCAUCCAUCAGAGGAGCCGUGUCAUCUUCCAUGAACGUAUUCAUUUGUUUGGGGGAAUUGUACGCAUACGCGGUUGGACCGUAUGUGUCCAUAAUGUUAUUCUGUCUGUCAUGUGCCGUGUUUCCGCUCGCUUUCAUCCUGACCUUCUUCUUUUUCCCCGACAGCCCUUACUAUCUUCUUGCCAAAGACAAAAUGAGAACUGCCGAAAAAUCUUUGAUGAGACUAAGAAACCGGACGAAAUCGGGAAUUCAACAAGAACUGAAGAUGAUGCAAAGAAACGUAGAAGAAGAAGCAGUAAACAGGGGAAGUUUACGGGAUAUAUUUAAAUCGAAAGGACUCCGAAAAGCUCUGUUAAUUUGCCUGGGACUUGUGUCGUUUCAACAAUUUUCUGGUAUCACCGUGGUGCAAUUUUAUGUAACGAAUAUAUUUGAGGCCACAGGGAGUUCUUUAUCCCCUGAUGUGUCUGCAAUUAUUGUUGGGAUUGUCCAGCUCCUGGCCAGCUUCUCGACCCCCAUUUUAGUAGAUCGACUCGGAAGGAAGCUGCUCUUCCUGAUGUCAGCAAUUGGAAUGGUAAUAUCCGAAGUGCCGCUGGGAAUUUAUUUUUAUUUGAAAGAUGGUGGUACUGACGUCAGUACUUUGGGGUGGUUGCCAGUUCUUUCACUGGUUGCUUACAUUAUAACAUAUAACCUAGGGUUUGGCCCUCUCCCUUGGACUGUGAUGGGAGAAGUAUUUCCCUCAAAUGUCAAAUCCACAGCUUCCAUGAUUACUGCAAGCGUUUGUUGGGCGCUUGGGUUUUUAGUGGCUAAUCUAUUUCCGAUUAUCGCAGAAGCGAUGGGGAAGGGGGGAACAUUCUGGCUGUUUUCAGGAUUUUGCGUUCUUGCCGCCAUUUUUACAGCUUUAUUUUUGGUCGAGACCAAAGGCAAAUCUCUCCAAGAAAUCCAAAAAGAACUCAACAAGUAACAACUUCCUCAGUUUAAAAUUUGGAUCCAGUGUGUAUCUCAAAGCUUAAUUUCUAAUAAAAAUCUAUUGUAAAUAAUGUUAUUAAGCAUCUAUAUUGUACAUAACUAUCUAGUUAUUAUUUUUGUAUGAUAUUUAUGUGACGCAUAUUUUGAUGUUUACCAAAAACUG